CUGGGUACAUGGAAAACUCAGUCUCCUACAGCGCCAUUGAAGAUGUCCAGCUGCUGUCAUGGGAGAACGCUCCAAAGUACUGUUUACAGCUCACCAUCCCUGGGGGGACCGUCCUGCUGCAGGCCGCCAACAGCUACCUGCGAGACCAGUGGUUCCAUUCUCUGCAGUGGAAGAAAAAGAUUUACAAAUACAAGAAAGUCCUGAGCAACCCAAGCCGCUGGGAAGUUGUCUUGAAAGAGAUCCGGACACUCGUGGACAUGGCCCUCACGUCUCCCCUUCAGGACGACUCCAUCAACCAAGCCCCCCUGGAAAUUGUCUCGAAGCUGCUGUCAGAGAACACAAACCUGACCACCCAGGAGCAUGAGAACAUCAUCGUGGCCAUCGCUCCUUUGCUGGAAAACAACCACCCACCACCAGAUCUCUGUGAAUUCUUUUGCAAGCACUGCAGAGAGCGACCUCGGUCCAUGGUGGUCAUCGAAGUGUUCACCCCUGUGGUCCAGAGAAUCCUCAAGCAUAACAUGGACUUCGGCAAGUGCCCGCGUCUUAGGCUGUUCACUCAGGAGUACAUCCUCGCCUUGAACGAGCUCAAUGCGGGCAUGGAGGUGGUCAAGAAGUUCAUCCAGAGCAUGCAUGGCCCCACGGGCCACUGCCCUCACCCCCGGGUCCUGCCCAACCUGGUGGCUGUGUGCUUGGCUGCCAUCUAUUCCUGCUACGAAGAGUUUAUCAACAGCCGUGACAACUCCCCUAGCCUGAAGGAGAUCCGGAACGGCUGCCAGCAGCCGUGUGACCGGAAGCCCACCUUACCUCUGCGCCUGCUGCACCCCAGUCCGGACCUGGUGUCUCAGGAAGCCACGCUGUCCGAGGCGCGGCUCAAGUCGGUGGUCGUGGCCUCCAGCGAGAUCCACGUGGAGGUGGAGCGCACCAGCACUGCCAAGCCAGCGCUGACGGCCAGCGCCGGCAACGACAGCGAGCCCAACCUCAUCGACUGCCUCAUGGUCAGCCCCGCCUGCAGCACCAUGAGCAUCGAGCUGGGCCCGCAGGCCGACCGCACCCUGGGCUGCUACGUGGAGAUCCUCAAGCUGCUGUCUGACUACGACGACUGGAGACCGUCCCUGGCCAGCUUGCUUCAACCCAUUCCAUUCCCCAAAGAAGCCCUCGCACACGAGAAGUUCACCAAGGAGCUGAAGUAUGUGAUUCAGAGGUUUGCGGAAGACCCGCGACAGGAGGUCCACUCGUGCCUGCUGAGCGUGCGGGCCGGCAAAGACGGCUGGUUCCAGCUGUACAGCCCCGGAGGGGUGGCGUGCGACGAUGACGGGGAGCUCUUCGCCAGCAUGGUGCACAUCCUCAUGGGCUCCUGUUACAAGACCAAAAAAUUCCUGCUCUCCCUGGCGGAAAACAAGCUGGGCCCGUGCAUGCUCCUGGCGCUGCGGGGAAACCAGACCAUGGUGGAGAUCCUCUGCUUGAUGCUGGAAUACAACAUUAUUGACAACAAGGACACGCAGCUGCAGAUCAUCUCCACGCUGGAGAGCACGGAUGUGGGGAAGCGCAUGUACGAGCAGCUGUGCGACCGCCAGCGGGAGCUCAAGGAGCUGCAAAGGAAAGGCGGUCCCACCAGGCUAACACUGCCCUCAAAGUCCACGGACGCUGACCUGGCCCGCCUGCUGAGUUCUGGCUCCUUCGGGAACCUGGAGAACCUGAGCCUGGCCUUCACCAACGUCACCAGUGCCUGCGCCGAGCACCUCAUCAAGCUGCCCUCCCUCAAGCAGCUCAACCUGUGGUCCACGCAGUUUGGCGAUGCCGGCCUGCGGCUCCUGUCAGAACACCUCACCAUGCUCCAGGUGCUGAACCUGUGCGAGACCCCGGUCACCGAUGCCGGGCUGCUGGCCCUCAGCUCCAUGAAGAGUCUCUGCAGCUUAAACAUGAACAGCACCAAGCUCUCGGCUGACACCUAUGAGGAUCUGAAGGCCAAGCUCCCUAACCUGAAGGAGGUGGACGUCCGCUACACCGAAGCCUGGUGAAGGGCCGGCUGCGCGGGAUGGCGCCAACCGUGGGACGUUGCUUAGCUGUAGAGCAGUGGGUCCUGGGGUCACACCUGACACCGGCUGCGGGAUAGAUGGGGGAGG